GGGCAAAACGCACGGAAAAUAACAACUCAUCUCGAACACAGCGCUAGUAGGAUACAGCCGCAUCAGAAGCAGCCGCAGAAUAGGACAGGGUGGCGAAACUAGCAGAAGAACGAACGAAUGGUGUAGCAACCGGGUGGCGGGAUCCCCAGCGAACUGCACGAAAGUCGCACAACAAAACGGCCACCACCGCCACGAUUAUCGUCCACCGGGCACGUCCAACACGCUGUCAAGAUGUCGAAGCUUUCGUUUCGGGCAAGGGCUCUCGAUCCGUCGAAACCCAUGCCGAUCUAUCUGGCGGAGGAGCUGCCGGAUCUGCCCGAGUACUCCGCGAUCAACCGUGCGGUCCCGCAGAUGCCGAGCGGCAUGGAGAAGGAAGAAGAAUCGGAGCAUCAUCUGCAGCGGGCAAUAUGCACCGGACUCAUCAUUCCCACCCCGGAAGUGUACGACUCGACGGAUUCCGAGUUCUACGACAAAUACUACCCGCCCGACUACAAACUGCCCAAGCAGUUAAUCCACAUGCAGCCACUCAAUCUCGAGCAGGACAUACCGGAUUACGAUAUGGACAGUGCGGACGAAGUAUGGGUUACGUCACAUGAGAAGAAGCUCGAUCUCGAUCCGCUGAAGUUUGAAAUCAUGAUGGAUCGGUUGGAGAAAAGUUCCGGCCAGACGGUGGUCACACUACAAGAUGCCAAAGCCCUAUUGAAGCAGGACGAUGAAGUGAGCAUAGCUGUGUACGAUUACUGGCUAAACAAGCGGUUAAAAAUGCAACAUCCCUUGAUACUGUACGUGAAGACGGAAAAUCGAGGCAACAUGACACCGAACAAUCCCUAUCUAGCAUUCCGGCGGCGCACGGAAAAGAUGCAAACGAGGAAAAAUCGCAAAAACGAUGAGUCGUCGUAUGAGAAAAUGCUGAAGCUAAGGCGGGAUCUGUCGCGCGCGGUGACGCUGCUGGAUAUGAUCAAGCGACGGGAAAAGCUAAAACGGGAGCAGUUGCACCUGAGCAUCGAAAUCUACGAGAAGCGCUACCAAGCGCAGGAUUUCCAUGGUCAUCUCCUGUCCGAAUUUACGUCCAAUGCGACACGUGUCACGAGACCUGCCUUUGCACCCAUCUACACCAACCAGUACGCACCGUUGGCUGGUGGGCAGGGUGUCAAUGCGGUGGGCAAUGCUGUUGCCGGUUCGUAUUUGAACAGUGGAGGCUCCUCGUCCCAGUACGAAGGUCACGGUACGGGUGGCAGCAGUGGCACCAAUAAACGUGAUAAUGAGAGUCUCAGCAGUCGAAAGGAGAAGCGGCAGUAUAAGAAGCGGAAGCUAAAAAUGCAGAAAGACCGUGGCUUAUCGAGCGGUGGGAGCAGUGGUGUCGGAACGGCUGGUGGUCGAGGAGAUGUUGCAGGUGGCAUGAAUAGUGCGGGUGGUUCCACGAUGCAUCAUCACCACCAUCAACAGCAGCACUACCACGGAACGAUGCUAGGUGGCAUUGGAGGACGUGGUGUUGAUGGCACUGUAGUGGGCGGACAUGGAUCAGACCAUCAUCAUCAUCAUCUGCACGGGUCGGGUGAUCAUGCAGUUUCGUCCGAUGAUGAGGAACUUUCCAAUCUACAAGGUUCCUCGGCAGAAGAAGAGUACGCUUAUGCAUUCCGAAGGAGUAAACACAGCCAAUAUCACAGGCCGCGCGCGGAUGGUUACGGUAAUUGGCCGUGGACGUCCCGGGAGGAAAACGGUUCGGCAGAUCCACGAUAUCGGUUUACCCUUACUUCUUUACGAUAUCCAAGACCUCGAUGUAUAGGGUUUGCGCGACGGCGUUUGGGCCGCGGUGGGCGUGUCAUUAUUGAUCGAAUAGCAACCGAUUUCGAUGAUUUGUGGUCACGGUUAGACUACACGAUCGUCGAAAGCGAAACGAUCGCAUCGCUGAACACUGCCGAGCCAACAAAGUCCCGGGACGAACAGAGAGCGGACGAAAACAAUGAACCGAUCGUGAUCCCAACUCGUAGGCGGCAAAUCGAGCGUACGGUUAGCGUUAGCAGCAACUGCAGCAAUACCAGCAGUAGUGCCGGUGUGGUUGUAUCGUUGAAACCUCCUCGAUUACCUGCGAUCUUCAACCAUCAACAUCAGAACCCGCCAUUGGUCAAUGGUUCCAAUGAGUUGUCCUCGGCUGCGAACGGUGCAAAUACCGUCGCACGAAGGAAACUGAUUCUCAAGCAGGAGCAAGCUCCCGUGCUGAGUGACUACGAUUCGGACGGUGGUGAGAUCCAGUUUUUGGCCAGCAUUGGGCUGAUGAAUAAGGCUGAAAAGGAAGCGGAGGCUUCAUUUGCCAAUACCAAGCGCCGGCUUCGGUUUGACAGUGAGGAUAAGGAUGAAAAUCGUCCAGCGACGGCAUUGGAAGGGGAUAGUAGUGAAGUGUCCAAGGAUGGUGGUGUGUUGGGCGAUGAAAGGACAUUGCGAAAUGUUCAAAACUCAGAUUUAAUUGUGAUAAAAAGUGAAGACAGCACUGAGCUGGUGGUGUCGACGGGUAGUGAUGGUUCGGCAGUCGUGAAGCAAGAACCGGAAGCGUUGGAGGAUUACCAAAAGGUGGGCGGUGGUAGUGGAGUUCCGAUGGGAGAGGAUUUCGAGCAGUUGAUAGACAGUGUAAAUAGUCACAAUCACGUACGGAAUCGUUUUAACGUUACAACGGCGGGCGUCGGAAGCAGCAAUAGUAUUAACUCUUCGUCGAACCAUGGAGUGGUCGGUGAGCUGCAGAACCUGCAGCACGCCCAAAGCCGCCAACAACUGCUCGGUUCGUCCAGAAAGCGUCAGGGACCGGAAGACUCUCCUUCGCGAUUACACGAUGCAACUCGGGAAGAUAUCAAUGCGGUAUAUAAGGAUUUACUGAACGAUAUCCAAUCGAACUGGUUACACUUUCGUCCGAAGACUCCGGAACCGUGCCAGGAUGAUCUGCUAACGCUGGAUGGCGAUCUGGAACACAGUUUCGGUUUGACCGAUCGGAAGCGUAUCACACUGGAACUGCAGGCGCUUGACGAACAGCUGCCAGCGACGUUAUUCGCUCCGAGCAAAGGCACGACGGUGUCUUCACAGUUCCGUACCACACCGUACGAUCUGGAUAACCUUAUCGAACCGCAUCCUUUGUCGCUCGAGGAGGGAAAUAGCUACGUAAGUGCGAUGGCGAAAGGAGCCGCGAUCACCGCAUCAGCAUCAACAUCGGCCGUUGAAGUUAAGCUGGAGACGUCCGGUUCGUCUAGUGCGGAGAAUAAUCUUAGCGUACCAUCAGAGCUGAAUCUAAGCUUGAACGAAUCGAGCGAAGAUAACGAAAAGAUGUUGGACAAUAUUCUGCAGGAGUGUGCGAUAGACGACCCAAAACAGUUGCACCAAACGAGUAACUUCUGGAACGGUAUUCUGGACGAUGGCGUGCUGAAUAAUCUCGAGGCUGGCAGUAGCGAGAGAAGCACGCAGGAAGAUGAACCGAUGGUGGAGGAACAGGAGUCGGGCGAAUCGAACCUGUUCGCUUCCAGUUCCGCUAAGAUUGGAUAUCAUUCGGAGUUGGUCGGGUAUGGGCGACCCUCGGGAGCCGCCGAUCGUCGCACGAGCAAGAGCAAACGGCGAAAGAUGCUGAAACGUUGCAGCUAUUUGGUCGGCAGUAGCUUCUUCUCGGUGAAAAGUUUACCCAAAGAAGAAAUAUUUCAGCCAUUGCUGGAUGCAAAUGGUCAACCGAUAUUUCUUAGCGAUAGCGAUGCGGAUGCUGCGAUUGAUGGUGUAAUGGAGCAAAAUGAACUUCGCGAUGGUGAGGAUACGAUGCAAAGCGACUUACAGUCCACUGCCGUUGGCGUGGAGGCGAUGGAGAUUAAAAUGGAAGAAGAAACAUUGGUGGCAGCGGCAAACGAACUUCCGGAGGGUAUUUCAACCGUCCCGGUGGUAAGCGGUAUAGCGGCAGGCGAGCACGUGAUCAAGAUUGAACCACCGGACGAACUGGUACCUCCAGCUGACGGAGGAGCUGGUUGUGAUGCGACGCUAUUGGGCAGCACUCCAACCACGGUUCAAUUUCUACCUCACAACAGUACGAUGGCUGCACCGGCCGCAACCACCAUCAAGCUGGAACCGUUCAAUCACAUCAGCCAAAUAACGGCCCGAAGUUCGACUCCGGAUGGGGCACGCGUUGUACCGACCGGUUCAACGACACUGAUCCCGGCAACGAUCGUUGUAUCGCAACCAUCGUCGACGGGCAGUUCGUCGAUGUUUUCGGCCACCUCCGGGACGGUUCCGGCCGUCGUAUCCGUUGCACUUCAGCAGGGUAGCUUACACCAGCUGGUGCACACUUCGUCCGCCCCUUCGAUGGGUGCCGGUACGACAAUGUUGGUAAUGCAAUCCAUUCCAGCGAACAACAGCGGUUCGUUACAAUCGUCACCGUCCGUGUCGUCGGUCGCAGGUACGCCGACCUCAUUCCUACUGACUACUUCCACCGGUAACGCAAUCAGUGGCAGUAACGCCAUGGGAACAGCGUCAUCGAUCGCAGGUUCGAUCCUAGUGCAAUCGUCGGCCUCGUCUUCACUGUCCAACGCUGUCCAAUCGUCUUCGGCGUCAACCGCUUCGCUGCUGGCCGGUUCUACACCGAUCGUUGUUACGGUACCACCGGCUAGCAGUAGCGGUAUGUCAGUCACUGGAGGCACACAGCCGAUGAAUGUGGUAAUGCCAACCAGUGGUACCAACACGGUCGUAUCGAUUGCAUCUCCGAUCGUUGUAUCUUCGUCCUCGGCAGCAACAUUGGCCCAAUCGAUCGUGCAUGCACAGUCACAGUCGUCUCAGUCAUCGGUGAUCGGUAAUAAUGUAGCCGCCGGUAGUAAUAGUUCCACUUCCAGCGUAAACACAGCAACGACUGCUCUGAACAGUUACAUUGUGCAACACAACUCGACACCGAUCAUGCUUUCGCAUCAGCAAAUGCAACAGCUAGCGAACAGUGGUGGUGGUAAUAUCGUAACCGUCGGCGGACAGCAGGUUGUCACGACGAAGCAGCAUCACGGCGAAACGUACGUACUCACACAAACGCCGCUGAAGAAACAAAUCAACGGACCGUCCGAUGGUAACAAAAAUGCCACCACUUCUGCUGUGAAUGCGCAAAACAUCAACAACCAGAAGUUCCACGCCCUAUUGAGCCAAAAGUUGGGCAGUAAAUCUUCCGAUCUGAACAAAAAGCAGCUGGAAAUGAUACGCAAAGCGCUUGGUUCCACACAGAAGAUGAUCGUUAAAUCGACCAACCACACGCAGCAACUGCAUGGUGGUGCUGCUAGUGGAAGCGCUGGACUUGCGGGACAUCAUCAGCAAUCAGCAGCCCAGCAACAGCAGCAGCAACAGUACAACGUUAUUCACCAGAACUCGUUGAACACUCCGAUCACGAUCGUUUCCGCUCAAAGUCCUGGUCAGCCGACACAGAACAAGAUCAUUCUAACCUCUUCGCCACACCUGCUGCAACAGGCAACUGCAGUCGGUGGCGCCACAGCAGGACAGCUGAUAGCUGCGGGUCAUGGCAAGAUUCAGCUCACCACAGUCCAGCAAAGCCAACAACAGCAACAAACAGGCCAAGUGGCUACCGGUACGACCCGGGGACAGAUAGUGACGCUGGAUCCAACGGGCCAGCAAGGGGCGGGAACAGUGGCCGGUGUGCAGCAGCAACUGAAGCUCGAGAAGAACAGCAUACUGUACAACAUCAAGAACAGUCGCGGGCAGUUUCUUCACCUCAACCCGAAGGUGGUCAACAUUAUUCAACCGGUACAGCAGCAAAAGAUCGUAAACAGCUUGACGAUUCAGCAGCAGCAACAACAGCAACAGCAGCAACAACAGCUUUUACACAAUCAGGCAGGUCACGGUGGGACGACUACAACCAUCCUGAGCAAAGGCCAAACGGUUCAACGUAUACCGACGGUUAGCAUUCGCACUCAGCAACAGGCACAACAGCAGCAGCAACAGCAGCAACAACAACAGACAAACCUCGUCGAUAUGGUCGUGGUGAACAAUGCAAGUAAUAUCAAGUUUAUACAAGCCGCAGCUUCGGCAGCGGCUGCUGCUGCUGCUGCAGGUGGUGGUGGCAGCGUGGUAAACAACACCGCCGGAGGAACGUUGGCAACGAGUCGCGUAAAUUCCGUCACAACGUCGUCGGUCGGUGGCUCCGCGCUGAAUGCUUCCUCGGACGGUGGCACUAGCAGCAGCGGUGGUACGAAUUGCCUACAGGUGGUCGCCACAUCAGCCGCAAAUGUGAACAGCGUCGGCGCGGGAGCGUUAACGAACAGCAGCAGCUCGGGUGUAGUUGCUUCGGUUGCAUCUCCGGUGGCGACGGUAACCGCUGGAACGGUGGUCGGUGGUAGCACAACGGUCGUUGGUAAUGCCGGUAUUGCGGCCAACAGUAGCAAUGGUGGUGGCGUAACCGGAAACGCCAGCGGUAACACUAAUCCUUCAGCCAGUAUAAACAUUACCAAUAGGUGAGAAUCGAAGAUCCAGCUCAGUAGGUAACUGUUACUGUAUUUUAACUUAUUGCUAAUUAAUGUUAACGUGUAGGGGACAAUGGUAGGGAACAUACAGAGCAGUAGGCAAACUAGCAAACGCUUUCGGUACGAAGCGCACCCGAGUUUUAUGCAUAAAUAUGGAAAAGCAGAAGCGUCAGAUUGCAUGUUGAAAUGAACCUGAAAGACACUUAUUAACGAGAACGCGCGCGAAAGAGAAAAGGAAUUUGUUUUUUUCUUUCUUUCGAGUGUGCGAAAAUGUGCGCGACAUCCACAUUCAUGAUGUGUCCACAUCGGUCAACCUGAGCAGGUACAGUUUCCAGCUGUGGAUGUGAGCAAGUCUUAAGAUGCACAAUCGUAUGACGAUUUCAUUUUUUUGCUUUCAUUAACUUAUGUAUCGCGCUGGUUUUAGUUUGAGUAUUCAUUUUUGAACUUUUCGUUGAAUGAGACGCACAGUCUCUUGAAGGCAAUUGUAACAUAAUAUGGCAUAGAUCAUAAGUAACUUAUGCUGAAACAAUUCAAGCUUAACGUUCUACGCAAGAAAACACACAAAAAAAAACAAACGUAGCGAAUGACUCAACACAAUCGAACUCAACUUUAAGUCCAGACGCGCUUCGUUUCUGCACACAUAAUAAUAUAUUUGCAACAUCUGUGAUUUUGAUUCAAUUAUUGCAAAUAUAAUGUAUGCGAGACGCGCGCAGGCAACCAAAACCGUUUAAUUUUAACACUUUCGUUUGGUUGCUUCCAGCACCAGACUCCAUUCGUAAUUUAAAGGAAUUUGCAAAUUAAUUAAAACAAAAUUCAUCUUCAAAGGUAUCGGAAUAUUGCUACAGGUUGACCGAUGUAAGAUUCUAUAAAGCUUUACAAUAAAACAUGCGAGUUAGGUUAAGCAGAAGAACGAUUGACUUCAACAGGUGGGGUAAUGCAAGCUAGGGAAGAGAUAAGCAUCGUUGUCCACUAUUGUCGUGGUACAUGAGCAUGCGCUUAGUUUCUAUUCUUUUAAUUUUCUAAAAGAAUAAUGCUAUGAAGGAGCAACAUCGGUAUCGCAACGAGAAACCGGCACGGGCGCAGGGUGUUCAUUAUUAUUUGCACUAUAUAUAGUUUUGCAGCUCAAAAUUGUACAUGCUAAAAUCUUUCCUCAUCGAACAUACAUUCUACACGGGAAUAGUAUUGCGGCUAAGCGGUGUUGUGGAUGAUCAUGGAUAUCAUAAUUAGAAGAACAUGACAGACACACGGAAGAACCGAAUCGAGCCCUCAAUCGUACUAUGUCCAUAUAGAGGGGAAAGUUGCGUUCGGCGAACUGAAACUGUUGCGUGCCGGUUUUUUGUUGGUAAGAGGUCUGUAAGAAACUAAGUACUGUAAAUAAUGUGUAGCUUUAACAUAAAAAUAAAUAAUUAGCUCUUGUAAGACCGUUGUACCGUAGUCGGGUGUUGAUAAACAUAAACAACACACAAACCCACACACACACACAAGUAGGGGAGAAAGGUGACAUUCUUUGUUGAAUGCAAUAAAAAAGCAGCAAAUUCUACAACUAAAUACACUCAACAAAACGAAAUAAAGCAAAAGAAACAGAAAAGAAGCAAACAAACACAGAAGCAAUUCCAAUGAGGGAGAUUAGGGAGAAAAAAAGAAAAAAAAACACAGGAACAAAUAUGGGACAAUGAUUAUAGAACAGAUAAAGGAAGCAAUGAAACGGAAAGUGUACUGCGAAAAAAAAUAAUACAAGAAAUGAAAAACAGAAGAGUAAACAAAAACACACACGAACCAAAGUUCUAUGUUGGAAAGGCAUAUAUAACUAUCAACUCUCGUACAGAUGCGCGAAAUCUUUUCCCUUUUCGCCCCUCUUGAAGCAGUCGUUUUAGAAGCAUGACUGAAGUUGUGGCGUGUAGUUGUUGCCGGAAUUUUUGGUUGCCACCAAUGACGCAGGUUUGAGGAUUAGAGACCCCAUUUCCGCAUCAUAUAGUGAUGACAGUUUUCAGUGUUUUUUUUGUUUGUUUGUUUAUCACACAAUGUUCUGACGCGUCAAUUUCCCCGUUUUUCAUUCCAUUCCCUGCUUAACACUGUUCAAUGCAGAUCUC